AACAAAUGACGAAGGGUAAAUUCGUAGUCUGAAAAAGAAACCAAGGAUAAAAUCGUCCAACGCCUCCAUAAUAUCUCUGGUAACGAACUCCUGAAUUCCGUUUCAUUUUCCCGCCAUCAAUUCGUUACAGAGUACUGUUAUAUAUAAUGCAUACGUACCAAUUCUUCACUCACUAUUCUAGUCUCACACACACUGCACUAAAAUCAACCAUAAAAAUGGCGAUUCCUCUCCGAUUCCAGCUCCUCAUCCUCCUGUUGAUCCUCAUUUUCAUCUCCCUCUUCAUCUCCGGCGCCACCUCCUCAGACACCACUCUCGACGGCGGCACUUCAGUUCCAUCUAUUUCUCCAUCGUCGACUGUUUUCCAGAACUCUCAUACCUAUUCCCCCACUCUGUUCGCUACCAUCCUGUCAACUCUAGGUUUUCAGGAACUUUCCACGGCCACUGCCUCCGCCAAUCUCUCUGCCAUUACGCCACUCACUAUCUUCGCCCCCUUCGAUUCCUCACUCCUGACUUGCCCGUCGUGCUCUCUUCCUCUCCUACUUCAAGAGCUCUCCGUCCCAGGUCUCUAUCCGCUGCAUUUUCUUCACUCCUUGGCGUUCGGGACCAAGAUCGAAACUCUAGCUCCCAACCGCUGCGUCACAAUCACUACCAGCUCCUCCGCCUCCGCCGCCGGUGGGCACACUAACAAGGGGAAGGUUUUCAUCAACGGUUUGGAAAUCACGCGCCCAGAUUUGUUCAACAAUGGUCUCGUUGUUAUUCACGGUCUUCAGGGCUUCGUCUCGCAUCUGUCUCCUCUGUCAUGUAAUGUUGAGCGCAUGACGUCACUCUCCUUCCCUCCGCCGGCGCUGUCUACAUCAGUUACCACCCCGUUCUCGUCUAUCAUGCGCUUGAUGUUGAAGGAUGCUAUCCUCCGCCUCCGUACCACCGGCUACAGCGUAGUUUCUCUUGCUCUCCGUGUGAAAUUCGCUGAACUCUCGGAGUUGAAGGUUAUCACGGUGUUCGCUUUAGACGACACCUCCAUCUUCUCCGGCGGAGGUAAUGCUUACUUGUCUAACUUCAGGUACCACGUGGUUCCGAACAAGAGGUUGACAGCGGCUGAACUUGUUAGUCUACAGGCGACUACUGUUUUACCAACCAUGGAGGCUGGCCAGAAUCUGGUAGUGACCACUGCCGGUGGAGGAGGUCCGUUGGCUCCAAUGAAGAUCAACUACGUUAGAAUCACGACCAUUGAUCUGCUGCACAACAGCAGGAUCGUGAUCCAUGGAAUCUCAGUGCCGUUUCCUCACAUGCAUCAUCCAGUGGCUGAGAAGGAGACAUUUGAACAGAUCCAACUGCCUCAGUGCGAUCAGUUUGAAUGGAAUAAUGGGGUCUGUCAGGCUAAUGCUCAAGUGCCUGCCGCUGCCAUUACUUCCACCGCUGAUUCUGAUGACCACCUUGGUCUCUGAUUACUGAUGUAAUAAUCUUCCUAGCUAUUCUACUGUUGCAGGCUGAUUACUGUACGUAACUGAUCUUUGUGAAUGAAUGAAGAAAUAUUAGCAAUAUAUUUUGAAUAAUUUCUUUC